UGUUUUAUCGAUUUGGCCCUCCAAAAAAAGUUCUAUCAGACCAAGGUAGAGAGUUUGUAAAUGAUUUAAAUGAAUUUUUAUUUUCUAUAUUUAAUAUAAAGCAUUUAAUAACAUCUGCUUAUCAUCCGCAAACAAAUGGACAAGAUGAGAGAAGCAAUCAAAUUAUUAAGCGAGCUCUUUCAAAAGUAGCUAAUAAAUCACAAGAUAAUUGGGAUUAAAACUUUAUUAGAACCUUUAGAUUUAGAUACUUUAUUGUUUGGUCUUCGCACGUGCGUACAAUCUUCAACUAAGUUCACUCCAUUUUCUUUAAUAUUUGGCAGGGAGGCCCGGCUUUUUUCAACUUUAACUAAUAAUGAUAAUGAUCCUAAUUUUAAUGAUAUUAAUAUUAACAUUGCAGAAAGUAAUGCAACUGAAUCGCAGAUUCAAGAAAUAAUGGAUUCCCGUAUUGCAGUUCAUGCCAUAGUGAAUGAUAAUAUUUGUAUUGCACAAAAAAAAAUGCAGAAGAACCAUGAUAAAAAACAUUCAAAAGGUUUCAAAUCGUUCAAUUUUAAAGUAGGUGACAAAGUUUUGGUAAAAAAUUACAAAAAGAUGGUCGUAAAGGUUGCCGUAUGGAGCAUGAUUGGGUUGGACCUGCCAUAAUUACUGAUUUUAAGCCAACUGGAGCUGUUGUGUCCCUUAAUAGUAAAGUUUGGAAAUCAGCUGUAGCUAUGCCCAAUAUAAAGCCUUAUUUGGAAAAAAAUCUAAAUUUUAUCUCUUCAAAUAUCUUAAAAGAACAUAAUUAUUGUUUGCAAAUUACUGACAAAAUACAUUUAAAUGAAGAGUCGUGUGAAUGUGCAAGCUCUUCUUUCAUGGCAUUAAACAUUGCAUCCACACUAAUGUAUGACUUAGAAAGAAAGAAAAUGAAAGAUAGUCAAGUGAGAGAUUUUCCAACUUCUCCUAGUGAUUUUUACAACUGUAGUAAUAGUAACUAUGAUUAUAGUAACAAAAUUUUAGCAGUUGAGGAAGUGAAGCCAGUUGAUAGUGUUGUAAAAAAAGUUAAAUUUAAUAGUAUCUGUAGAAGUUUAAAUUUAUCUAAAGUUUCUUGUGCAAUUCCUGAUGCCAGUAAUUUUUAUUCUGAAUUGUCAACACAGUGUAAAAACAAGGCCUUAGAUAUUUUAAAAAACCCAUCUGGCUGGCUCGACGACACUUUGAUUGAUAUAGCGCAAAGUUUGCUUUCAUACCAGUUUCCUAAAAUAUCUGGAUUUCAAAGUUCAUGUAUUUUAAGUUGUUUUAAUUCAGGUGGUUAUUCAGAAAGUUGCAGUUUUAUACAAAUAAUUAAUAUUAGAAAUUCACAUUGGGUGCUUUUAAGUAAUGUAUCUUCUGAUGAUCUUUCAGAUUCAAAGUGUGUUCAGUUCUAUGAUUCACUCUUUAAUAGUUCAAAUGAAUGUGAUGUACCAUUGUUAGUGCAUACAGUUGCACGUUCCUCCUUGAAUUGUCAUACAAGCAGUUCUUUAAUUGUUGAAGUAAUGGAUUGUCAAAUGCAACAAAAUGGAAAUGAUUGUGGGCUUUUUGCGAUAGCAAAUGCAGCAGCUUCGACCCAAGUUUAAUCAUAUGGAAACAUAAUGAUAUGAGGAAACAUUACCUCAAAUGUAUUGAGAGAUGUUUCCAUUUGUUACUGUUUUAGAUGGUCAUAAAAGGUGUGCCUUUACUAUUGAUUGCAAUCAUUUUUGUAAGUGCAGACAAAAAAAUAAUAAUUGAUUGUCAUUCAAGUUUUUCUGAAUAUGGAUUUAUAAUUCCUCUUACAUCAUUAAGGGGAAUGUAUCUUGUUAUUUCUGGUGUCUUUUUGCUUUUAUGACUUUUAUGAAUAUUUAAAUUCAACCUAUAUGCAUAAAAAAGUUUUCUUUGUUAUUAUUGUCGGUUUGUAC